GGUUCCUGAGACAAGAUGCCGUCGGGCUUCCAACAGAUCGGCUCGGAAGACGGGGAACCCCCCCAGCAGCGAGUCACUGGGACCCUGGUCCUUGCUGUCUUCUCUGCUGUGCUCGGUUCCCUGCAGUUCGGCUACAAUAUUGGGGUCAUCAAUGCCCCGCAGAAGGUGAUUGAGCAGAGCUACAAUGAGACGUGGCUGGGGAGGCAGGGGCCUGAGGGACCCGGCUCCAUCCCGCCAGGCACCCUCACCACCCUCUGGGCUCUCUCCGUGGCCAUCUUCUCCGUGGGCGGCAUGAUCUCCUCCUUCCUUAUUGGCGUCAUCUCUCAGUGGCUAGGAAGGAAGAGGGCGAUGCUGGUCAACAACAUCCUGGCGGUGCUGGGGGGCGCCCUCAUGGGCCUGGCCAAAGCCUCGGCCUCAUACGAGAUGCUCAUUCUGGGACGUUUCCUCAUUGGCGCCUACUCAGGGCUCACAUCGGGGCUGGUGCCCAUGUACGUGGGGGAGAUCGCCCCCACUCACCUGCGCGGUGCCUUGGGGACGCUCAACCAGCUGGCCAUUGUCAUUGGCAUUCUGAUCGCCCAGGUGCUGGGCUUGGAGUCCAUGCUGGGCACCGCCGCCCUCUGGCCCCUGCUCCUGGGCAUCACGGUGCUGUCCGCCCUCCUGCAGCUGGUCCUCCUGCCCUUCUGCCCGGAAAGCCCGCGCUACCUUUACAUCAUCCGGAACCUGGAGGGGCCCGCCAGGAAGAGUCUGAAGCGCCUGACCGGCUGGGCCGAUGUGUCGGGUGCGCUGGCUGAGCUGAAGGAGGAGAAGCGGAAGCUGGAGCGGGAGCGCCCGCUGUCCCUGCUCCAGCUGCUGGCCAGCCGCACCCACCGGCAGCCCCUGGUCAUCGCGGUGGUCUUGCAGCUGAGCCAGCAGCUGUCGGGCAUCAACGCUGUCUUCUAUUAUUCAACCAGCAUCUUUGAGUCAGCGGGGGUGGGGCAGCCGGCCUACGCCACCAUAGGGGCCGGGGUGGUCAACACGGUCUUCACCUUGGUCUCGGUGUUCCUGGUGGAGCGGGCUGGGCGCCGGACCCUGCACCUCCUGGGCCUGGCGGGAAUGUGCGGCUGCGCCAUCCUGAUGACUUUGGCGCUGCUUCUGCUGGAGCGCAUUCCUGCCAUGAGCUACGUCUCCAUCGUGGCCAUCUUUGGCUUUGUGGCAUUCUUUGAGAUUGGCCCCGGCCCCAUCCCCUGGUUCAUCGUGGCCGAACUGUUCAGCCAGGGCCCCCGGCCAGCGGCCAUGGCCGUGGCCGGCUUCUCCAACUGGACGUGCAACUUCAUCAUUGGCAUGGGUUUCCAGUAUGUGGCGGAGGCUAUGGGGCCCUACGUCUUCCUUCUCUUCGCCGUCCUCCUGCUUGGCUUCUUCAUCUUCACCUUCUUAAAAGUGCCUGAAACCCGAGGCCGGACGUUUGACCAGAUCUCGGCCGACUUCCACCGGACACCGUCCCUCUUAGAGCAGGAGGUGAAACCCAGCACAGAGCUCGAGUACUUGGGGCCCGAUGAGAACGACUGAGAGGUCGUGCUCUUGCCCCUCCGGGGACCCCUCCUCUCCUGUGCAGCCCUGCGGCCCGCUCUCCUCCUUGCUUCCAGGGCGACACCCCUGCAGCCUGGUAGAAGUGGGAAGCUGGCGGGGACCGUGGUCUGAG